GGUGAGCUGGAGGGCGCGCGUGCGCGCCGGGCCGGCCGGCGGCGGGGGCUGUGCGCAUGCGCACCGGCCGCCCCGCUGGCUGCCCCCGGGGCUCUGGCCCGGCCGGUCCCGCGGGGCGGUUGUUCUUGUGUGUCCGGCCGUGCCGGGCGCUGCCAUUUCCUGCUGGUGCCGCCGGCCCGGCGGGGCAGGACGGGCCGGGACAGCGCGGGGCGCUCGCGGCCCCGUAUCGCUGCGGUUUUCGCACCGUGACAUGCGCGGGUUCCCGGUGCUUUAGAUCAUAGCACUGCGAAGGAGAAGCGCUGCAAACUUUUCUCAAUGACUCUAUAGCCAACUGAUGUAACAAUGGUACUAAUCUUGGGACGCAGACUGAAUAGAGAGGAUAGUGGGAUACGAGAUUCCCCUGCAACCAAGCGGAAAGUUUUUGAAAUGGACCCAAAGUCUUUGACAGGCCCCGAGUUCUUCGACUUCUCCUCAGGGUCAUCCCACGCAGAAAGCAUUCUCCAGAUCUUCAAUGAAUUCCGAGACAGCCGGUUGUUCACAGAUGUUAUUAUCUGUGUGGAAGGAAGGGAGUUUCCCUGCCAUCGAGCCGUUCUCUCAGCCUGCAGCAGCUACUUCAGAGCCAUGUUUUGCAAUGACCACAGAGAAAGCAGAGAGAUGCUGGUGGAGAUCAACGGCAUUUUUGCUGAAGCUAUGGAUUGCUUUUUACAGUAUGUAUACACUGGCAAGGUGAAAAUCACUACCGAGAACGUGCAGUAUCUCUUUGAAACAUCAAGUCUCUUUCAGAUUAGUGUUCUGCGUGAUGCUUGUGCCAAGUUCCUGGAAGAACAGCUGGAUCCUUGCAAUUGCUUGGGAAUCCAGCGUUUUGCAGAUACACACUCGCUGAAGACACUCUUCACCAAGUGCAGGAAUUUUGCGCUGCAGACAUUUGAAGAUGUGUCCCAGCAUGAGGAAUUCCUGGAGCUGGGGAAGGACGAGCUUAUUGAUUACAUCUGCAGUGAUGAGCUGGUCAUCAGCAAGGAAGAGAUGGUGUUUGAAGCUGUCAUGCGCUGGGUGUACCGGGCCGUCGAGUUGCGAAGACCAGUGUUACAUGAGCUCCUGACGCAUGUCAGGCUCCCCUUAUUACACCCAAACUACUUUGUUCAGACUGUGGAAGUGGACCAGCUGAUUCAGAACUCCCCAGAGUGCUAUCAGCUGCUGCAUGAAGCCCGGCGAUACCAUAUCCUUGGAAAUGAGAUGAUGUCUCCCAGAACUAGGCCACGCAGAUCAACUGGUUAUUCUGAAGUGAUAGUUGUUGUUGGAGGCUGUGAACGAGUUGGAGGGUUUAAUUUGCCAUAUACCGAGUGCUACGAUCCUGUCACAGGAGAGUGGAAGUCACUGGCUAAACUUCCAGAGUUUACCAAGUCUGAGUAUGCAGUGUGUGCUCUACGGAAUGAUAUUCUUGUUUCAGGUGGAAGAAUCAAUAGCCGGGAUGUUUGGAUUUAUAACUCUCAACUUAAUAUCUGGAUCAGAGUUGCCUCCUUAAAUAAAGGCAGAUGGCGUCAUAAAAUGGCUGUUCUUCUGGGUAAAGUAUAUGUAGUUGGAGGAUACGAUGGGCAAAACCGCCUCAGCAGCGUGGAGUGUUACGAUUCCUUUUCCAACCGAUGGACAGAGGUGGCUCCCCUUAAGGAAGCUGUGAGUUCUCCAGCAGUCACCAGCUGUGUUGGCAAAUUGUUUGUGAUCGGGGGCGGUCCUGAUGACAACACAUGUUCUGACAAGGUGCAGUCUUACGAUCCUGAUACUAACACUUGGUUGCUCCGUGCAACGAUCCCCAUCGCAAAGAGAUGCAUCACGGCUGUGUCUCUGAACAACCUGAUCUAUGUUGCUGGAGGGCUGACCAAAGCAAUAUACUGCUAUGAUCCAGCUGAGGACUACUGGAUGCAUGUACAGAACACAUUCAGCAGACAGGAGAAUUGUGGCAUGUCUGUGUGUAAUGGAAAAAUCUAUAUCCUUGGUGGAAGACGAGAAAAUGGUGAAGCCACAGACACUAUUCUGUGUUACGACCCCGCAACGGGCAUUAUCACAGGGGUAGCAGCCAUGCCCAGGCCAGUAUCCUAUCACGGCUGUGUGACCAUUCAUAGAUACAAUGAAAAAGGCUUUAAACUGUAGCUUUUUUCUUGAAAAAAAGAAGAUGGCAUGAGUGAAUCCAGUGGUCUGCUGCAAGACAGGCUUUUUAAAGAUUCCUGAAGUGGGAAAAUGCUCUUUCCCUACCUAAGUGUCAUACGAAAAUUUUAUCCUGUGCCUUCAUAAAAAGGGUUAAUUUAACUUACAAAGCAAGUCCAUAAAUCUAUCCAGUAACCAGAGUUCAGCUGUAUCUGCCGUGGGCUCUGCUAUGAGAUCAGUAAUAGAAUGUUGUACUAAUGUACAGAAAGUUUGCUUUAUGUGUGAUUAGUAAUUAAAAUCUUGCAAGCUUUUUGGGGAAAAUGCCUUCACAAGCAUUUGUGCCUAUGUCCUAAGAAGUGAUACCUGCCAGGUGUUCCAGGUUCUGCUGAUUGGAACAUAGGCAAGUAAAUUCCAGAGAGUCCUCUAGGAUAAUUGCCUACAAUUAAAAAAGCUUACAUUAUAAUAAUUCAUAUGCACACCAUUCUUACAAGCAGAUCAGUCGGCUUAUCCAAGUAGAUUUUAUGUCAGAUCAUGCAUGGUUUGGAAUUAAAAAAAAGAAAAGUAGCAAACAAAACAGGCUGUAUAGAACAAAUAAUAGAAUCCUGGAGGAAAGGCUUUUCUGAAGCAGAAACUGGUUGUUUAGUGAGCCACUGCAACACACUGCAGUAAAGACUGUGUGCCUUAACACUAUGGACCAUAUUCAUAGUGUUGCUAACUGUCAUGUAGCCUUGUACAUCUGAAGAACCUGGAAAACUAGUGACCACUGGGGUGCAGGCACAGGUCUGUGAAGCAUAUUUGAAUCCCAGUUCUUAACAUUUUGAAUAGUGUGGCUGAAGUCUGAAAGUUACUGGGUUUGCUCUUUGCUCACUGCAGAGAACCUCUAAACUAUUCAAGGAAUAACGGACGAUGAACUCUGGAUUCUUAUGUUUUUCUGUAUCACAUUAUAAAUUACCUGAUAAUAGAGGCAGGGACUUGGGCUGCACCCUACAGCUGCUUAUAAAUUGGUCUUUUGGUUGUCACAUCUGCAGAGAUGGCAGAGUACCCACCGAGUGUUUCUGGGCCUUUCUUCAGACAAUCACUUGCUCUAGCGCAGUUAAACUGCUGUAUAAGCUGCUUGACCUCAGAUCAAGAAGUUCUGGAAAGGUUCCUCUGGCCACCAGAAAAAUAUCUGUGGACCUGUCCACAUAGCCAUAUGAGGUAACUCCCACAUAACAUGUUCUGAAUAAUUUUGAAGCCUAAGAAGAGCUUCUGUUUUGACCCUUUUUUAUUAUAAUUAUUUUUAGUAAAGGUAUUUUUUUAGGUCCUCCCUAGAUUUCUGUACUAGGUCUCUCUGUUUCCAGUACACAGUUGUAUAGCUGAGGCACAAGUUCAUAAAAACUGAAAUAACACUUGAGAGUUGGAAAAUGAAUAGGAUUUUCUGUCUACCGACUUCCUGUUAAUCACCAAAAACCUCAGGAUCUGCCUUCCAAAGGAAUUCUGAGGACAGCAGCCAGUAGGGAAGCUGGUCAGUGCCAGGGGCAGAAAAAAACUAACCAUAAGGCCCCUGCAGAGGGCCUUGGGGUUCUGGUCUCUGUGCUUGCUCAGGAGGGUGAAAACAAGCACCAUCUCGGAAAUGUCAUUUGUUCCACUGGACUUUCUUCAUCUGUUUUCCCAGAGUAUUUCUUGGUGAGAUGGAAAUUCUGACCCUCAGUGAAGCUAUGCCAAACUGGGAGUCAUCAUUUUCAGUAACAUAUGGUUGUGACUUUUAAAGAGCACUGGGAGCUGCACUUUGUGAUGCAUUAACUUCUAACCUCAGGAAAGGACACAAAUUUCAGUUUCUGGCUGAAUACCAAACACUGCUUUGUAUAUGUUAAGAAUACUGAUAAAAUACAAAUCUCUGCAUAUCAGUGAUGUAAUUAGGAACUCAGUCCCUGAGCAUGUACAUUCACUUUGCCCUAGAAAGAAAGUCCCUUGGUAUUGUAAGACAAAUGAAUCACGUAAAUUAAUCCUUUUCUGAGUUUCUUUUUCUCAACAAAUGUUACUUUGAAAAGGUGAUUUCAGUACCUGUGAAUAAGGUCCAUUGAUAGCAAUGGUAACUGCCUGGUAAACUGAUAGUAUAUACUAACACUGUAUAUAGCUUGUGCCAUCAUUGUAAAUGAAAGUGUAAAAAAUGAUAGGAGCACUUCCUUAGAGUUGAAAUUUGAAAAAUAUUCUCCUUUCCCUUGAUUUCCUUCUUGUUUAUAUUUAGACUUGUAAUGUUGAUUGUCAUGCUAAGCUGUUCCUAAACAUUUUUUAUUCUGUAGGUCUAGAACAAUGUCAUUUAUGUAUAGGUAUCUUUUAAUCUGUGUUUAUAAUACUCCUCUGUAAAUAACAAGAUACUGCUUUCUAUGGUUUUGAAGAUUUAUUUUGCAGUUGUCUUAUCAAUUUAUGUACUGUUACCUAUUAUUUUGAAAAUGACAGUGUUUAAUGAACCAGUAAAUGCAGAAAUGUAGAUGUAGAAGAAAACUUCUGCUUACAGUUCUUGCCAACCUGCAUUCAAUGCUGAACAGUUACAUGUGUGGAGCAUUGCUAAAAUGGCAGUUACUCAUGCAAUCAUUUCCUGAAAACAAGCAGUGAUUUUUUUAAAUUUUUUUUUUGCUUGUUAAUUCUAAAUACUUUGCACUUACAGCCAGCUCUGGUGUAACAAAUAUUUUAGAGAUACUAGAAAAGAACGGUUCAGCCUUGGUUUAAUGAAAAAUGUACCAUUUUUCUAGAAGGAUGCACGAAUUUGAAAUUCGCAUUCCUGAGCCACCUGUUCUCCCAUGCAUUUCACUGAGGUAUAGAUGAAUUCAGAGAUUCAAACUCUCACUAUUAUGCACAUCUGGCUGCUUGUAGUUCAUGGGCUUGAGCAGCAGGUUGGGUAUUUUUGGUCUCAGCUAGGAGAGAAUAUUACUAAUGUCAUCUAGUAUAAUCAAAAGCUUUCCAUCAUAAAUUAUAAUAGGUUUGGUAGCUCUAAAGUAGAGACACCUGCACAAAGGUGUAACUUCAGUCUAACCAUACAGAGGAAGAGGGCUCAAGUAUUUCCAAAGUCACACCUAAAAAAAUAUGUUUUCAGAGUUGUCUAAUAUAUCACUCCACUAUCAGAUAAUUCCAUUUCAAGUAUUUCACUCUUAAAAGAAAGGAGAGCAAAUGUUUUUCCUUCUCCAUUUUGAUGUCCACGAGUUAAUCCGUCUGUUCUUAGCAAUGUGCUGUUAACUGAAAAGAAACUUGAUGCUUCCUUGCAGCCUGGCUUCGAGAAGCUCCUGAACACAUGUGCAGCCUGUAGCCUUUUGUUUUUAGCUACACCAUGCAUUCCCUCUUUUUACAGCCAUCAAACUUCUAACAUUGCCUGGUCAUAAUUUCAUUUUACCUGUAGGCUUCCUUCUUGGUGAUGCUGAAGUAUGCAUAACUUGUCGCAUCUUCUCCCUUUGUACCAUCAGAUGAUUAAUCUCAAGCUGUGUGCCUGACAUGCAUUUUGAGGGUUAGGCACUGUGCUUUACAUCAGGGAUCCAGAGCUGGACUGUUAGCUCUUUAUUUGAAUUGGCACCAAUACAGUUCUGAUCAUCUGUUUCUGCUCUCUGAAGCACAGGUAUCUUUGAUGCAAAUUAUGUUUAUGUGGAUCCUUUACUGUAAUUCACUCAAGCUUUUAAAAUGGUAUUUUUAACACUGCAAAUUUUUGAGAGAGGCUGACAACAUAGGAAGAGGAGGUGCUUGCCUUGGCAGAGGUUCACAGGAAGCUUUGAGCACCUGUGCUUGUUGGUCACUUCUGCUUGAGAGCAAGGUCACUGCUGACUGCUGCAGCUUCUUCCUCAAAAUAGUUGAGUUCACCACAUUACCUUAGAUAAUUACUCAAUUUAUCCUGCUUUCAUUUUAUUUGAGCUGCAAGGACAAAACAAGAAGUAGUCCCAUUCCCUGUGACUUCAGGUUUCUCUCCUGUCCAGGGCAGGGUGGUGGGCUGGAGUGGUCACUCAGCAGGUGGGCAGAGCUGUGAACUCAGUCUACCUCCACAGAGAGUGACGAGAGAAGCUCACAGGGAGGGUGGGCAAUGGCAGGAGGAAGCUCAGUGUGUUUAGGGUUUGUGCGUUUGACUGGGCUUGCUGAAAGCAAGACAUUCCAGAUGCUCAUAAGUUUGCAAUUCCAGAUGCUGAAACUCAGGUGGUAAAUAUAUUUCAUAUUUGCCAACUCACUGCACUCAGAGCAAUAAAGAUGCAUAUAUGGCCAUGGUCUUCUAGAGGCAAUGCUCAGGAAAGCCAAAGGUUCAUUUUUCCUAACUGCUCAACUAGGCAAGUAUAUGUAUUUUUUUUUUAAUCAGUGAAGGUGGCAAAAGCCAAUUCAAGAGCAUUAAGAACCUCACAAGACUUGGUCACUGUGAGGCAAAAUGAAUGUUUUCAUCUGAAUGUAGUCUCAUGCACACAAGAAAGUACAAAUGAAAUGAUUUGUUGUGCCUUGCUAAAAAAUCUGAGCAACCUAUACUCAGAAAAGCAGUCUACAAGGUAAGUGAGAUUUUAGAGCAGAGAUUUGCUGUCUGGUUGGGGGUCAAGCAGUGAAUUUUUGUAAGAUGUCUAGCACACAGGUUUCCUCAGUGUUGAAUUAUUUCAGGUGGCAUUAAUAAAAAUGGAUCUCACUGUCAGUUUAUGAUGAUUGUGUCAGUGCUGUGAGCAUUGCCACAAAGCAGCAAGCAGCCUUCCUGCCAACCCCACACCAGAUGUGUGAAUCACCUGUUCUCCGCAUGCUGGCCUUGCUUCAGCUGUCUUCCAUAACUGAUAUUACACAUAGUUUAAUGUUACUCAGAUAUGUAGCCCUGACAACAUUGCUGUCCAAGAACUGUAUUUACAGGAACAUUUCUUUUUUUUCUACUGUAGUUCUCCAGUCUAUGCUGAUGUGUUUUUGUGUGUGCACACCCGUGCACGUGAACAAUUUUGUGAUCAUUUUCUGAUUGUGCUGUUGUAAGUAAUGCACAUAAAAGCCCCUGUGUACAGCAUGUUGAUAAUGUAAUUAUGGCUUUGUAUUACUAGUUCCAAAGAAAAUAAUGUGUUAAUUUUGAAAAUACUUGUGCCUUGAAUUCACCUAUAUUUUUAUCUAUUGUGAAAACCAGCUUGCAUUACUUCUUCCAGUUUGCUAUCUCUGUUAGCCUUGGUUUUACUGUCCAGACUGUGGAUGUCUUUCUAAGAGAAAUAAAUCUUGCCAUUCAUUACCUAGAAUAGUUAAACCUCUUGUUUAGAAUAAGCCUAGAAUGCUUCCAUUAUUACAGUGCUAUGGCAGAUUUAAUCUAGGGAAAUCAGUAUUUGUUUUUUCCUAUUUUUUUGCUUCCAGCUCUCCUCAGUGACAAAGGAUUUGAGUUUAGUCUUUGACUUCCUGCCCUUAACACAUAACAGUUUCUUCUUGUAACCAAUAGCCUCUACAACAGGUCUGAAGGCUCAGACGUGUCAGUCAUGAACCUCUUCUUCAAUGUAUGUAACAUGGAGCAAUAAUACGACGCAGCAUCGCAAUAAGCAAAUCAAGAGACUUGAAUGUAAUGUACUGUUGCUGAUUUCAUCUGUCUAAAUGCUGGACCUAAGAGUUAUUCUCCUUUUGGUGCACCUGUAGCAAUAUGGAGUCAGAUUAAUAGGAGCUUCUUGGCCAUGGAAAGAGAGUUUAUACCUCCUGAACUGUUUAUCAUAUGGUGUUUUAUCUUCACCUGAAAUCAUCUUUUGAUUUCACUUUUUUGCUGAGGAAAACAGCAGUUCAUGGUGUUCCUUGCCAGUUCCUUCAUUUACUGAAACAUGAAAAGUGUAGUUCUAUGAAGAGCUGAUCUUUUCUUCAAGAACAACCUGGUGCAGCACAAAUGACAUUUGAACAAAAAAAAGUGCAGACCACUUAACUGUGUGCCAGAGUCAAUGUAAUGUUAUCUCACAUAUAACAAUAAGGUCUUCAGAUUGUGCUGACAGUAGAAAAGUGAUUUUGUAAUGUAGCACAAUUGCAAUAACACCUGUUAUAUUUAAAUAUUUCUUGCAUAAUUCUUUGAAAGUUUUUUAAAGUUCAGUGUACCUAAUAAACAUUUGCCUUUUGAAUA